AUGACCGCCCCCCAACAACGGCGGAAAUGGUACCACCUCCAAUGGUUCACAGACCAAGAUACAAAAGAAGAGAGAAAGCUUAUCCUCAAGUUGGAUCUCUUGAUUGUUCCAUAUGCCUUUCUUGCAUAUUGGACUAAAUAUAUUGAUCAGGCCAAUAUCAAUAAUGCAUAUGUUUCUGGUCUCAAGGAUGAUCUGGGUCUUCAUGGAAAUGAGCUCGUCCAGCUACAGACCAUGUAUACCAUUGGUGCGGUGGUCGGCCAGCUUCCCUUUGCGUACUUGUUCACCAGACUUCCCAUGUCUUGGCUCAUUCCGCUCAUGGAUGUUGCUUGGGGGAUUUUCACGUUGGUACAGUAUCGUGCUAACUCUUAUGCUGAAUUGGCUGCGUAUCGGUUCCUUGUGGGAUGGUUUGAGGCGGGUUUCUUUCCAGGGAUGCAUUAUAUCUUCGGCUCAUGGUAUCGAGGCGACGAAAUCGCCCGACGAGGAGGCUGUUUCUAUGUUGGUCUUACAUUCGGUACAUUGACUGCCAGUCUCAUCCAAGCUGGUGCAUCAAGCCGACUCGACGGCGUGAAUGGUCUCGCAGGAUGGAGGUGGAUGUACAUCAUCUGUGCCAUCAUUACCAUCCCAGUUGGAAUCCUCGGAUACUUCAUCUUGCCAGGCUCGCCGGAUAAACCCAACAAAUUCGUGCUGAAAGAUAAAGACGUUCAAAUCGCUAAAUCUCGCCUGGAGCGUGCCUCGCAUAAAACUGAGGAAGCGCCUCUUUCUUGGGGCACCGUGCUCAAGGUCGGCCGGAACUGGAAAUUCUGGGCUAUGUUAUGGCUGGAUAUCUUCUUCUGGAAUGCAUGUCACAACACAAGUGCUGGUGGAUAUCAACUGUGGCUGAAGAGUCUCGGUCGGUACUCUACAAGUCGCCUGAAUGAGCUGGCUGCUAUAUCUCCUGCGCUGGGUAUAUUCUAUACACUCUUCGUGUGUUUCUCUUCAGAUCUAUUCCUCGGCCCUGCGUGGGCAAUUACCGUGUCCCAUCUCUGGAAUAUUCUCGGUCUUGUGAUUCUUGUCAUAUGGGAUGUCCCAGAAUCGGCCCUUUGGUUUGCUUUCAUGACAACUUAUUCGGCUGUUGCCAUGUCUAGUGUUCUCUAUGGGUGGGUUAACAGCCAGCUGCGAUAUUCGCCUACUGAGCGUGCUUUGACACUUAUCGUUGUCAAUACGGUUGCCCAGUCUACUACGGCUUGGACGCCGCUACUUGUGUUCAAGACUGUUGAGGGUCCUCGGUUCACGAAGGGUUACUCGUUUGUCCUUGCUAAUGCGAUUUGCUUGAUCGGGCUUGCGCAUGGGAUUCAAUAUUUCAUAUCACGAGAAGAGUAA